UCAAGUAACAACGAAAAUAUAAAUAUAUUGCACUAAAAUAAUUGUAACUAUCUAUACUUAAUUUUAUAUAUUUCAAACAAUUGUUUUAAGUUAUUAAAAUGCUCCACGGUGAACAGGAAAAUUUUAACGGGGGGAGGAAAAAAUUAGCAUUAAAACGGGGACUAACAAUGCUGAUGUGCCUGGCAAGCCUCGUAAAUUUAUUAGAGGCACAAAAUUCUACUUGCCAAAUAAAUUCUAAUUUGUCUUCGUAUCCAUUGGUAAUUUCUGUUAAUGUAAGUAUACCCAAAGAAAUGAAAGUUGAAGUUUUGAAAACAUUAAAGGAUAAAACUGAUUAUUGUAUCGAACCAGAAUGUCUUCAUACAGCAUCAAGAGUGUUGAAGUACUUGGAUACAAGCAUAAAUCCCUGUGACAAUUUUUAUAAAUUUGCAUGCGGCCAAUACAUCCAAGGUCAAAUAAUUUCUGAUGAGGCAUAUGAUGAGUACCAUACUAUUCGAAGACUUUAUUUUGAAAAUCAUAUAAAAAUUAGGACUAUUCUAGAGCAAGAACUGAAACCUAUGGAACCUAAAUAUGUACAUUUAAUGAAAACUAUUUACCAAAAUUGUAUAAAUGCCGAAAUUAAGAGCGAUAAUGAAAUUGUAAACUUCGUUGUGGAUUCUAUAAGAAAAGUUGAUGGGUGGCGCUACUUAGAGAAUAAUUAUUUGGAAGACACGAGUUUCCAAUGGGAAGACUUUAAUUCCAAAUUAGGAAAAGAGCUUGAUAUAUAUGAAACACCUUUCUUUAAAGUGGAUGUUGAACUGGACUUAAAAAAUAAUUCAAAUUACGUUUUUCAUAUUUAUAAACCAUCGAAUCUUGUUAAUCCUGUAAUUACUAUUGAUAAACUUAGCCAAUAUGUAGUAUCCAAGGAGCAUGUGCUUAAUACAAUCAUUAAAAUAAAUAAAAUGCUCCAUGAUAUAUCUGAACCAGAAAACUAUGAAAAAUUGUACAACUUUGAUAGAAUGACUAUUAAAGAGCUUGAAAAUAAUUAUUCCAAUAUUAUGUGGAAGAAAAUUUUUAAUACAAGGCUACAUCCAUUCAACGAAGUUAGAGAUGAUGAUAUUGUAGUAAUAUCGGAUAUCAGCUUCUUCAAAAAAUUUAACGAACUUAUUAAUAGUGUUUCAAAAAAUGACCAGGCAAUUUAUCUAAUAUGGAGAGCAAUAGAAAAUAUUUUUAUUAUGAAUAAUGGAAUCAGUGAACAAGUUAGAGGAAAUAAUAAUAACUUUUGUUUCCAAGAUCUGGGAAAGAAAUUCCCUGUUUCUUUGGGUGCUCUUUACGUGAAAAAUUACUAUAAUGAAACAUCUAAUAACAAACACAUUGACGAAAUGUUUACAAAUAUUUUUCAUCAGCUUCAAACAGCCAUUGAAAAUGUGGAUUGGCUAGAUAACAAGACAAAGGAUUAUGCAUUAGAAAAACUAGCUUCAAUGUACGAAACUCGUCAAGAAAUGUUCAAAAUUCCUAACGACAAGGAGUUUGAUGAAUAUUUCUCAAACUUGGAAAUUAAAUCCGGACAUUAUUUUGAAUCCAUCAUAAAUGUUACGAAAUUUAAUAGUAAUGUAAAAGCUAGUUUAUUCAGAGUGCAUUUAAAUAGCUCACACAUCGAAUUUCGAAAGUACUCUGCAGGUGUAAAAGCAUUAAAUGUUAUGAAAUUGAAUAGUAUAGGUGUAUCACAGGGUAUGUUGCAAGGAAAUUUCUUCAAUGCCAACAGACCAAUGUAUAUGAAUUAUGGGUCAGUUGGAUUUUUCAUUGCACGUGAAAUUUUUCAUGGUUUUGAUAAUAAUGGUAGACAAUAUGAUAAAAAUGGAAAUCUCAUUGAUUGGUGGGAUGCUACAACUCACGAACAAUUUAUUUCAAGAGCGCAGUGCUUUAUUGGUCAAUAUGGGAACUAUACAGAUAAAGAAGUUCAGAUGAAAGUAAACAGCUUUCUUACGCUAGAUGAAAACAUUGCAGAUAAUGAAGGAUUAAAACUUGCAUACUCAGCCUAUCAAAUGUGGGUAGAGGAUCAUAGACCUGAACUCUUACUUCUUGGAAUGUAUUAUACACAACCGCAACUUUUUUGGAUUAGUUUUGCGCAAAAUUUUUGUGAGAAGGAAUCUACAGAUAUAAAAGAUAAUAAAUUCGCUUUAAAUCAAUUUCGAGUCAUUGGUUCUAUUGUCAACCGACCAGAAUUUGCAAGAGAUUUCCAAUGUCCCAUAGGUUCAAAAAUGAAGCCUACAUUAAAAUGCACUAUUUGGUGAAUGUUUAUUCCUUAAAUUAGAUUUUAAUAAUAGAACCAAUGAUAUCAAAUUAAAAAAAUUAUUAUUUUAUCAUAUAGAAUUUAGUUCUUAGGCCUUCUUUAAAUACCAACUAUAUGUAUGUAAAACCGCAGGUAUAGAAUUUUCACAUUUCUAGAAGAAGCUUACAUCCAUUAUGACAGAAUAAUCUAUUUACAUCUGUAACAAAUCUUUUUAUUUUUACAAAAUUAAAUCAAUUUUAAAAGAAAUAGCAAAUCUGAUUGUAUAAAAUUAUAUCUUUUUUUUAUUCAUUAUAAUUAAAGUUAUUUACAUGAAAACAUGCAAAUUGAUUACUAAAUAAUUUUAUAGAAAAUUACAUAAGAAGUUCAAUAACCAGAAAAGAUGAAUAUAUAAGGAACCAAUUGAGGAGCUGGAUCAAAGAACCGGCUCUUCGCUCGGACCGCAAGUGCUGAUAUCAGUCGGGUGGCAGUGAGCGCCUCUAGGCGAAGAGCCGGUUCUGCGAUCGAGCUCCUCAAUUGUUUUCUAAAAUUAAUAACAUAUGCCGUCGAGAGAAAAAAAACAUAAUACAACCUCUUACAAUAUUUACUAUCUAAUUUAAGCCAUCAUUUGCUUUUAAUAUAAGAUUGUACUGCUGAAAUCCCUGGCGGGUUUGGUAAACCGAACUCUGACCAAAUAUUUGGUGGGAGUUUGGUUUGAGGCAAAUUAAUGCAAAUAUUUGGUGAAAUAUGAUGUAAAAAUAAUAAAUAGUGUUAGAAUAGGCAUUAUUUAAUUGAUUCGAGUGAAAAUUAUGUAAAAUGAAACAAUAAUUAUGAAAUAAUUAAGAUUUAAAAUAUAUGUGCGGUGUUAAUCUGUCAGUUGAAAUAGUGUGAAAAAUUAAUAAAUUGUCGAUGAAAAUUAGUUUAAAACGUUAAGAAAAAGAGCGAAUAUAUAUUCUUUAAUAUAUAAAGUAAUUGAAUUAUUAUAUAGUUUAGUUAAUUACUGCAUAUUAACAAGAAAAAUGUAAAUUAAAGUAAUUAUUUUUCUAUUCUAUUAUAAAGUGAAAGUAUAUAGUGUCGAUAACAGAGGUGUGCACAAAAAUAGCCGCGCUCAAAACACGGUAGGUGGCACG